GUGACGUCAAAAGUGUGCGCCUCCGGAAUACAAAUACCACGAUUGCUUUGCCACAGAUCACCCCUGUAGCCUAGUGUAAGUCGUUUAUCCUGUCACUUUUACAUUAUUAGAGCCUCUGCUAGGUACAGUCUCACAGCGUUAGCUGUUGGCUGUUAGAGAUCACAGCUCACCUUGCUGGCUGUGCUGUGCAUGUAACCAGAGUUUAAGCUAACUCCCAGAGGACGCAACCAUGGCUUAUACGCAGAUAUUGAGGGCUCUGCACCGGAAUCUGCAGCAGACAGCCGCACAGUACUCCGUGCAGAAAUGUCUGCUCGUCCACACACACAGGACAGCGUCAACAGUGUCGAGACUGACCUUCCACAGAGGAGGCGAGGCUCCUUCCUCUGUUGUCCCAGUGCUGAGCUGCUUCCCUCGGGCACAGAGGCGGCGGGGUAUCUGGCUGGACUCUGCGGUCAGAAAUAAAAGCAGCCCCGAAGAGAGAGACAGGUCAGUUUCCAGGUACCAGAGUGGGAGCCCAAAGCCUUCAGCUGCACAAAAAGUGAAAGAAGCUGGCAGAGACUUCACCUACUUGAUAGUCGUCCUCAUCGGGCUUGGAGUGACGGGUGGGCUAUUAUAUGUGGUGUUCCAGGAGCUGUUUUCUUCCUCAAGUCCAAAUAAAAUCUACGGGAAGGCUUUCAACAAAGUGAGGUUAGACCCAGAGGUAAUUGGUGCAUUUGGGGAGCCGAUCAAGUGUUAUGGGGAGACUACCCGUCGAGGAAGGAGGCAGCAAGUCAGUCACAUGGAGUACCUGAAGGACGGACUGAAGCAUAUGCAGCUUAAGUUUUACAUCGAAGGCUCUGAGCCCGGCCGCAAAGGAACUGUACAUUCAGAGUCGAAAGAGGAUCCUGAAACUGGAAAAUAUGAGUUUCGUUACAUAUUUGUGGACGUAGACACCUACCCAAGACGGACCAUCAUUGUGGAAGACAACCGAUAAGAAAGACAGUGGACUCACUCAGAGGUGUCACUUUGAUGGAAAAGCAUUGUGUUUGUGUUAUUGGACAAAUAGCUGAAGAUGUACUGUACAUUUACUAUUCAAAGCUGUUAUGUUAAACAUCAACAGUAUUGUAAUUGGCAGGAUUUGGUGAAGAGCUUUGUAGUCAUUUUCACAGAAAAUGAUCAUUGACUCUUAUGUGUUAUGUUUUAUAAAUCAAACACAUGUGGUUUAAAUAGUUUUUCAUUAAAAGACUAAAGGGAAACCUCCAUUUUGAAAUAA